CAGUUGCGUGAGGGGUUUUUUGCUUUUUGCGGUACUGUGGAGCAGAGCUUGUUCCUCUCCCGCUCAGCCGUGCAGGAUCCAAUCCAGGAUACCACAUUGUAGUUAGGCCUCAUGUCUCCUUGGUAUCUCUUCUCUGAUCUGUGACAGUUUCUUGUAUUUUCUUUGUCUUUAAUGACCUUGACACUUGAUCUCAGUUUGGUUAUACUUGGUGUUGAGUAGACUGAGGUUAUGGAUUUUGGGAAGAAUACCACAGAGGUGACUUAACCUUCUUACCGCAUCACGGGGCACAUAAUACCAUUCCUGGAUGAAUUUAACCUUUGAUCACUUGAUUAAAGUGGUGUGUACCAGGUUCCCAUUCUGCUCUCUUCCCCUGAGAUGACCUUUUGUCUUUCCAAGCUAUUAUAUUGGUUGAAUUGACCAAAGCAAUGGUUAUGGAGAAGCCUAGUCCCCUGCUGGUCGGGCGGGAAUUUGUGAGACAGUAUUACACACUGCUGAACCAGGCCCCAGACAUGCUACACAGAUUUUAUGGAAAGAACUCUUCUUAUGUCCAUGGGGGAUUGGAUUCAAAUGGAAAGCCAGCAGAUGCGGUCUAUGGACAGAAAGAAAUCCAUAGGAAAGUGAUGUCACAAAAUUUCACCAAUUGCCACACUAAGAUCCGUCAUGUUGAUGCUCAUGCCACCCUGAAUGACGGUGUGGUGGUCCAGGUGAUGGGCUUGCUCUCUAAUAACAACCAGGCUUUGAGGAGAUUCAUGCAGACCUUUGUCCUUGCUCCUGAGGGCUCUGUUGCAAAUAAGUUCUAUGUUCAUAAUGAUAUCUUCAGAUACCAAGAUGAGGUCUUUGGUGGCUUUGUCACUGAGCCUCAGGAAGAAUCUGAAGAAGAAGUAGAGGAACCUGAAGAAAGACAGCAGACACCUGAGGUGGUACCUGAUGAUUCUGGAACUUUCUAUGAUCAGACUGUCAGCAAUGACUUAGAAGAACAUUUAGAAGAACCUGUUGCUGAACCAGAACCUGAUCCUGAACCAGAGCCAGAGCAAGAACCUGUGUCUGAAGUCCAAGAGGAAAAGUCUGAGCCAGUAUUGGAAGAAACUGCUCCUGAGGAUGCUCAGAAGAGUUCUUCUCCAGCGCCUGCGGACAUAGCCCAGACAGUGCAGGAGGACUUGAGAACCUUUUCUUGGGCAUCUGUGACCAGUAAGAACCUUCCACCCAGUGGAGCUGUUCCAGUUACUGGGAUACCACCUCAUGUUGUUAAAGUACCAGCUUCACAGCCUCGUCCGGAGUCUAAGCCUGAAUCUCAGAUUCCACCACAGAGGCCUCAGAGGGAUCAAAGGGUGCGAGAACAGCGAAUAAAUGUUCCUCCCCAGAGGGGACCUAGACCAGUCCGUGAGGCUGGUGAGCAAGGUGACGUUGAGCCCCGAAGAAUCGUGAGACACCCUGACAGUCACCAACUCUUUAUCGGCAACCUGCCUCAUGAGGUGGACAAAUCAGAGCUUAAAGAUUUUUUUCAAAAUUAUGGAAAUGUGGUGGAGCUGCGUAUUAACAGCGGUGGGAAAUUACCCAAUUUUGGGUUCGUUGUGUUUGAUGAUUCUGAGCCUGUUCAGAAGGUGCUUAGCAACAGGCCCAUCAUGUUCAGAGGUGAGGUCCGUCUGAAUGUGGAAGAAAAGAAGACUCGAGCCGCCCGGGAAGGGGACCGCCGAGAUAACCGCCUUCGGGGACCUGGAGGCCCUCGAGGUGGGCUGGGUGGUGGGAUGAGAGGCCCACCCCGUGGAGGCAUGGUGCAGAAACCAGGAUUUGGAGUGGGAAGGGGCAUUGCUCCAAGGCAGUGAAUUGCUCUUCACCGAUCUUCAGGCAGCAGUACAAACCCUAGCUCCCACAGAAUGGUGAAUUUCUGCAGCCAACCUUUGGUAUCUCAGAAUCUGAUCCUAGUCUAUGAUAAACUGCUUAAGUUUGUACAAUUCUACUUUUUGUGUUACUGGUGUGUGCUCCUUCCCCUCUCACCCCCACCCCCCCACCUUUUAGUCCUUCACUUCCAGUUUUGUGGAAUGGUAUUUUAGGAAAAAUGGAUUUUUAAAGAAGAAAAAAAAAGACUGCAUUUUCUUGCUUUAUUUGCAUAUAUAGACUGGAUUUUUUUUUAACAGUUUCCCCAAAGGAAUGUGUCUUGCUUAUUACUGACAUUUGGUAUGUUUCAUUCAUUGGAAUAUUUCUUACUUAUUUUCUACAUGUUUCAAAAGCCUGUGAGAAUUACAGGAUUUGAUAAACAUUUUGAAGGCAGGAAGAACCCAAAUUGUCUCUUUGAGAGUCAUGACUACCUUCUGGUGUGGAAAAAUUGCUAUUGAAAAAUUUUUAGAUUCUCUCUGGUAUGGUUAAAAACUGAAUAAAAGGUGUUAGUAGAGUUUUUCUUUGGAUACAUGGUCGCAAAACAGUUCCAAAACCUACCGUUUUUACCAUUGAAAUUUGAACUGUGAGUUAGGUUUUAAAUGUCUAGAAUGCAACUGAUAAGCUUUUCUUGAACUGUUAGAUUUUUUUUUGAAGUAGAGUUUUUUCAUGUUUAAUUUGUAUUUGUAAAAAAAAAAAAAAACCAAAAAACCCCCCCAAAAUUUCAAAGAUCUGAAUAACACAAAAACCAGAGCUAAACUGUUGUGCCUUCUAUUUAUCUUUGAUUCCAGUCUUGGCAAUUGUUUAAAGAAAAAUAAUAAUAAAAAAAAUAAACUUAGAUUUGUUUUAUUAGGUUCAGAGUAUGUUGGGAAUUAUAGAAUCCCUUUUUCACCCUGUAUGUCUUGUGUUCAUUUGUUAUGCCUUAUUCUGAAAUUGAGUCUCAAACUGGAAUGCUUUUGAGGUCAGAUGCUUCUGUAGAGGUCCUUUGACCUGAGUAGUUCAGCACUUGUAUUAAGUUUUAUUUCAGUGUCUCUUCAGAAUCCUAAUCAUGGCCCAUAAGAAAGAAUGUGACUUUAAUAUUGGACUUUGCUGGUGUGCUUGAGUGUGCACUCGUUUUUUUUCUUAAAUCAUAGUCAUAUGGUAAAUUUUCUAUUUUGUUAUGGUUCUCUUUUAUUGGUGGGCAUGCAGUGGGUGUUUCUUGAAAAUGGCCAAUUUUUAUUAAAAUGUUUCUGGAAGAAAAUUUAAUCUGGCAAUAUAGACUAAUACUCGUUUUGCAUAGUAUGUUACUCUUAAGUGCUCUUUGGGAGAUGGGUGAAGGUUUUGUUUACACGUUUGUGAAGCAAGCCUUUGCAUUAUAACUUGUCAUUAAUUGAAGGGCAAUGAGGUGGUCAAAUUUAACUUAUUUGUUUUCUUAACAGUAUUCAUCUUUAGGACUAUUGUUUGAGGAUAGAAUAUUAGUAGGAAUAGGAAUGUUUGUUUUGCUGUUACUGGGAAUCCCUAGGUUUGCUGAAGGGUGUAGCCUUAAACUAAAAUGAAGUUUGAUGUUAUCAGUUGACCCUCAGUACCGCAAAUAUUUGAAAAUUGGUAACAUUUCUUUCGCAUAAAGAAACUUAUAUAACUGAGUCACAUGGCUGUGUUUUGGGUCAGUUUAAAUAACUAAUUGGUAACCACUUCAUUUGGCCCAGGCCAGUGAUAAUUGGAAGAAAUUCAGCUUGUACUUUCGUAGCUUAUAUUAAGCUUGUGGUAGAAAGAAGAAAAUUUAGCCUGAGUUAUUUUUGAGAAAAAAAUUAAGUUGCAGUAAGUGUUUGGUGAUAAAUUAUAGAUAACCUAGAAACCAUUUUUCAUAAGUGAAUGUUAAACCGUACAUUUCAAAAUGUUCUUCCUCCUUAGAACAGAGCUUUAAAGGGCACUAACUAGGUGCAGUGUUUCUCAACUGGGGGCUGUUACUAUAUCCUAGAGGACAUGCAGAAAUGUGUGGGAGUUUUGGUGGGUUGGGGGUGGAGGGAGAUGCAUACCCUACAUCUAGGGUUUGCUGGGUGGGGGCCAGUGUGCCAAGUGCUCUUUGAAAAUGAAGCAACCCCAUUGAGAACACAGGUAGUCCCUACUCCUAUAAUUCAUGGUGGGUGGAAUGGUGGACUCUAGGACAACUGCAGUGAAAGUUGUCCUUCCUUUGAAAUAGAGCCUCAGAAAAAUAAACAAAUUAGCAAGUAAAUCUCUCUCAGGAAUUAGAGUAACAACUACUGUAAGUAAUAAUCUCAGCUUUCCUUUAUCUGUACCAAUUGUGUUUUUUUUUUUUUUAAUUUGGAGAGGUAGUAGCAAUGUACUAGAUGCUGCUUGUAAUUUAUUGCAGGGGAUUACUGCAUAAUUUCAGAAAAGGUUGCUUUAGUAAUUUCAAGUUAUCAUAAUUGGGAUAUUAUGGUGUUUUGACUAGCAUUGGACUUUAUAAAUAGGAUUUAGUGUCAUCAUUAACACUAUUAAGUAUCCAGCUAUCAUUGAUUACAUUAUUGCUGAUGGAAUAAACAUGUCACCCUAGAUAAACAUAUAUUCACAUAUUUCACAGUUAGAAAGUGAAAAUAAAAUAGAUUAGGGCAAGAUUUUCUGUAGACAGCAUCAACUCAUCACAUUCAACAUAAUUUUUCAUCUGUAGGAAUGACCCAACAUGCAGUUCUUUUCUGAGUUUAAAACCCUUCACGCAUGAAUAUUUUAGCUAGGUAAGACUACUUUGGUUCAGUGGGUCUCUUUUAAGAUCUGUUGAAAAUAAAUAGAUCUUGGCUGUACAAAAAUAAUUUUGUUUGCUUUUAUGCUGAGGUUGGGCUUUACUUGUGUCUCCUGUGUUCUCAACUUUUUGAGCUGUUGCUGUGGAGCAGUGAAAUGGAUAAUGCAAAAAUAAUUAUUUGGCUUUGGAUGAGUAGGUUACUACUACAGUGUUAGUUGAAUUGCACUUUAGUUUUAGGUUAGACAGCUAAAUUUUCACAACUAUAACCCUGUGGAUUAGGUGUGAUUUCUCCCAAAGUAAUAGAUGAAGAAAUGACAUCAGAGGCCUGACAUCCAUGCAGCUUAGGAGCAGAUUGGCUUCCAAAACUCUUGCUUUUUCUCUAGAACCAUAAUACCUACCUAUUUAUAUUUGAAUGACAUUAGGGGCAUAGGGCAUGAAAUAACUACAGUAUAGAGACUUGAGUCUGCAAACAUUCGGAUCAAGGUUAGCAUUACUGUUCUCCAUUUCCUUUGGGGUAAAGUAGGUGCGUAAACAUUCAAUUUGUAGGGCUUUGCAGACUGUAUGGUAACACAGUAACAUUGAGUUACUAGAUUAUUUUCUCAUCUGGUUUGAUAAUACAUUUAGUACAAUUUAAUCUAGAUAUGGAAGUAAUAUUUUUAUCAUAGCAUCAUACAGAUGAGUUUAUAACAAGUUGUGUUUUGCUUAUAACUGCCAUCCUCUGAUGCUUUUCUUCAUCCCUUUUAUAUUUGAAAACCUUUGUAGAGUUUAAUGAUUUAGUGGAAAACGUGGCACUUUAUAGAAAACAAUUUGUUCGAAUCUUUAUGAAAAUUUCUUUCUAUGAGGUUUAAAUUUGUAGACCAUUGUUCAUGUUGUGGCUUAUUUUAAGUAAAUGAUUACAUUUGUCAAAUCUGCUGAUCUGAAAAUAUCUUUUAUAUUAAAGUUAUAUUUUUGUGCUACUUGAAAGAAUCUCUGCAGGAACUGCAUACAAAUUAGAUAAUUGUUGAACUUUUAGUUUAGCAAUUUUGAACCUUGUAAAAGAAGCAAGUUAGCAUUUAUUUGAAAUUGAGGUUCUAGCUAACUGCCUAAUAUACCACAGAUGGGCAGUGGACAGUUAGAGGUACUCUUUUGCAAAUGUUUUAGAAACCUUAAAGAAUGUGUUAGCAACUUAGCAGUGUCUUGUGGGAUGGGGUUGUAGGUUAAAGUUGCUCAUCAAGUAAUGGCCAUAUUGUACUAGAUAAUUAAACAAGGAUUUGUGGUUUUAAGGUAGUAAUACCUUUUAGAAUUUGUGUUUACUGUAAUAUUGAGGUUUUGGGGACCAUAGAUAGGCUUGUGAACUUUUGCUAGACUGAAUUAAAGAAGAAAUGGUGGCACGUGUGAGAUAAAACUUUUAUUUUCAUUCUUUUUAGUAGAUAUGUAUCUAACUCAGGAUGAUGCUGAAAUUAGACUGCUUUGCUCAUGCUUUCAUGAAGCAGUCUUUCAUAAUGGCCUGAGUGAGUUGAGUGAGAAGUUGAUUAAAGGUGGCCUACAGCCCUUAACCAGUUUUGCUUAUGAUUAUGCUUAUGUAUUGGCUUAGAAUCAAAGUUGUUUUUCUUUUCUUUUUUUUUUUUUUUUUUUUAAAUUUAUUUUUGGCUGCGUUGGGUCUUCGUUGCUGUGGGCGGGCUUUCUCUAGUUGCGGUGAGCGGGGGCUGCCCUUUGUUGCGGUGAGUGGGGGCUGCUAUUCGUUGCAGUGCAUGGCCUUCUCAUUGCAGUGGCUUCUCUUGUUGCAGAGCACGGGCUCUAUGCACACGGGCUUCAGUAGUUCCGUCGCGUGGGAUUCAGCAGCUGUGGCUCGCGGGUUCUAGAGCGCAGGCUCAGUAGUUGUGGCUCAUGGGCUUAGUUGCUCCGCAGCAUGUGGGAUCUUCCUGGACUGGGGCUCAAACCCCUUGUCCCCUGCAUUGGCAGGCAGAUUCUUAACCACUGUGCCACCAGGGAAGCCUCUGUUUGUCUUUGAUUGCAUGACUUUUGAAGUCUCCUCUCUUCCAGUUUCCACUUGAACCUGGUAGCUUUUUUUUAGUUCCCAGUGAGAGGAAAAUAGUAUUGGAAAUCAUUUCUCCUCUUACUUCCAUAAACCAUGUGACCUGAACAGUUACAGAAAUCCAUACGUGCUUAUUACUUUGAAAUGUGUCCAGUGUCACAGAUUCCUGAGGGACUUGUAUCCAUCCAAUGUGUCUUUGUUUUUUAAAAAAGUAAGCGAUGCUUACCAAAAAUUCACUGUUGAAUUACUUUAGCAAGUAUUUAUUUUUUGGAAACCCAUUUAUGGGAAGUUUGCCUGUAUUAUUGGUAGUAGUUAGAGGGAUGAUUAUAUCAUUUAAUAUGUAUAUAAACAGUUUUAACUAUUGCUGUAUUAACCACUUUGGUUACUGAUAAUCUCCCUAAACUUUGUUGUCACCUGUUUGACUUUGGGUUUGGUUUAAAUUCUUAAAUGUUUUUAUGAGGAGCGUACGUACCCUGAUUUGGGCCUUUUAAAUAAGAAGACAUAAGGAAGUAGGAAAGAAGAAGGGACUUCCUUUCUUUAAAGAUUCAGUGUACACUUUAAAUAGAUUAUGCAGAACGCAUGAUGUUAAAAAUAAAUUGUAUAGGUAGAUGUUGGUUUUGAAGAAGAGUGGGGUGGGCGUGGAACUUAGCUGAUGGGUUAGGAAUCAUUUAUGGUUUAUAUAAAAGAGAAAAAUCAUAAUUUUAAGUGAGAAACAUCAGAAUAGUUCCAUAAAGUUUUUCUUCCCAUACUGAUGGUUACCACAAGAAACAAGAGACUCCUGGAAUUCUUAGAAUAUUAGUGCUGGAAAGGACUAAGGUGAAUUGUAUAACCCCUUCAGUUUUCAAAAGAUAGAUGGCCCAGAUUACUAGUACAGAGUUUCAAGUCAGCUUAAAGCACAUUCAGGAAUUGCCAGUCCUGCCCUAUGUUCGCUCUAGUAAGCCAGAGCUGUUAAAGGGUAGGAUGUGGGGAGAAAAGGGAAGGAGCCACAUUUUAUAUGCUUACCCCGUUGCUUCAUUAGCUCAAUUUUCAUACCCAAGUUUUCUGUUUUCUUAGAACUGUUUUAAUGCCCAAUUCUACCAGGGCCUGUUGUCAAUAAGGACAUUAACUUGUGUUCCCCUCAGGGAUGGGUUUACUACUAGCUGUCAGAAAGCUAUUGGGUAUCCUAAUGUGUUAAUAGCUGAAACUCAGCUGUAAUUUUCUCCUAAAUCCUUCAGCAUUUUGUAUUCUGUACAUAGUGGUGCUUUUUCCACCUUGUAUUGUUAUAACUGUAAGCUCCUAAGGGGCAGCAAUUUGGUCUUAGGCAUGUACCCUGUUCAGUGCCUGGCAGCACCAUUUUUGAAUCAGGGUCCUAAUCUUCCUUUCCAAUGAUUUUCCCUGUUCUUCACGAAAGGAUGCUCCAGCCAUGCUGAACUACUUAACGGUUCGUCUAACAAGCCAGGUAUGGCUGAUUCCGUGGCUUCAAGUGCCUUCACUUCCCUGAAGAUAGAUUUGCAUCUGCAUUCUCCU